CACCGAAGACGUGCAGCCCUAAACAGUUUGCAUGCAAAGAUCAGAUAACGUGCGUAUCUAAGGGCUGGCGCUGUGACGGGGAAAAGGAUUGUCCGGAUGGCUCGGAUGAAUCGCCCGAGAUAUGUCCCCAGAGCAAGGUGUCUCGGUGCCAGCCCAACGAGCACAACUGCCUGGGCACGGAGCUCUGCAUCCCCAUGAGCAAGCUCUGCGACGGCGUCCACAACUGCUUCGACGGCUCUGCCGAGGGGGCGCACUGCCGGGAGCAAUUAGCAAACUGCACGGCCCUGGCCUGCCAGCACCACUGCGUGCCGACGCUGAGCGGACCCGCCUGCUACUGCAACAACUCCUUCCAGCUGGCCGAGGACAGGAGGAGCUGCAAAGACUUCGACGAAUGCACCAUCUACGGGACCUGCAGCCAGACCUGCACCAACACGGAGGGCUCCUACACCUGCAGCUGCGUGGAAGGAUACCUCCUGCAGCCCGAUAACAGAUCUUGCAAAGCCAAAAAUGAGCCCGUGGACCGUCCUCCCGUGCUGCUCAUUGCCAACUCCCAGAACAUCCUGGCCACCUACCUGAGCGGAGCCCCUGUGCCCAACAUCACCCCCACCAGCGCCAAGCAGACCACAGCCAUGGACUUCAACUACAUUGAAGACACGGUCUGCUGGGUCCACGUGGGCGACAGCGCCUCCCAGACCAUCCUCAAGUGCGCCAAGAUCCCCAACCUGAAGGGCUUCGUGGAAGAGCGCUCCAUCAACAUCUCCCUCAGCCUGCACCAUGUGGAGCAGAUGGCUAUCGACUGGCUCACGGGCAACUUCUACUUCGUGGACGACAUCGACGACAGGAUCUUUGUCUGCAACAAGAAUGGCGUCACCUGCGUCACGCUGCUGGACCUGGAGCUGUACAACCCCAAGGGGAUAGCGCUGGACCCGGCGAUGGGGUAAG